CCUGCCCAGGACUUGGGAAGUGGCUGCUCCAGGCAACUCCCGCCAGAGAGUGUGUGGCAUCUGUGGUGGCCCAGAUAAGACCUCCAGGCCCGUGGGGCCUGGCAGCCGGGCGCCCACAGGAAGCUGGGGUGGGUGUGCCGCCUCCGCUGUGGGAGCCUCUGGGUCCGACAUUGCAGCUUCCGGCAGAGGCAUGGCGUCGGCCUCCGCCAGCAAGAAGAUGAGGGAGGAGGCCACCUGCUCCAUCUGCCUGCACCUGAUGGCCGAGCCCGUGAGCAUCAGCUGUGGCCACAGCUACUGCCAGGCCUGCCUCUUGGGCUUCAUGGGCCCGCCCUCCUCCUCUCGGAGCCAGCAGGGCACGAAGACCUUCUCCUGCCCACAGUGCCGGGCUCCCUUCAAAAGACACAGCCUGCGGCCCAUCAAGCAGCUGGGCAGCCUCAUCGCAGCCCUCCAGGAGCAGGAGCAGGAACCGUCUUGCCAGGAGCACGGAGAGCGGCUGCACCUCUUCUGUGAGGACGACGGCCAGCUCAUCUGCUGGCGCUGCGAGCGCGAUGGGCGGCACAAGGGCCACAAUACAGCGCUCCUGGAGGACGCGAGCCCCGGCUACAGGGAAAAGCUCCAGGAAGCGGUGAGGAAACUGAGGCAACUGGAAGAGGAAUGCACGAACCAGAAAGCUUUCACGGCGAAGCAGAUCGCCCAGUGGAAGGAGAAGAUAGAGGCUCAGAGACAGAAAAUCCGGGCGGAAUUCCAGAACCUGCACAGCUUCCUGAGGGAGGAGGAGAGGUCGUUCCUGUGGCGACUGGAGAGCGAGGAACAGCGCACUCUGCAGAGACUGAGGGUCAGUGAGGCCGACCUGGACCAGCAGAGCCGCCAGCUCGAGAGCCACAUCCGGGAGCUGGAGGAGCGAUGCCAGGGCUCCGCCCAGAAGCUGCUGCAGGACGUGAAGAGCGCCCUGAGCAGGAGCCAGGCUGUGCGGCUGGAGAUGCCGGAGGCCCUGUCCUUGGAGGUUGAGACUGAGUGCGACGUCCCCGAGCUCUAUUUUGACCUGAGGAAACGUUUGAGGAGCCAUCAAGUCGGUGUGACUCUGGAUCCAGAAACAGCGCAUCCGGAACUAAUUCUGUCCCAGGAUCAGAGACAAGUGACGCGGGGCCCCCAGCGCGAGGGUGAUCUCUCUCCUUGGAGGUUCAUGGCCUCACCCUGCAUCCUGGGCCGGCAGAGCUUCGCGUCGGGGCGGCAGUACUUCGAGGUGGACGUGGGCGAGGGCAUGGGCUGGGACGUGGGCGUCUGCCUGGAGAGCGUGCAGAGGCUCGGGGGGACCACGCAGAGGCCCGAGACCGGCUUCUGGGCCCUGCGGCUGUGCGCCAAGGACGGCUACGUGGCGCUGACCUGGCCGCGCACGCCCCUGCGCCUGCAGGAGCGGCCCCUGGUCGUCGGGGUUCUCCUGGACUGCGAGGUCGGGCUUGUGUCCUUCUACAGCGGGACCUCAGGCUCCCACAUGUUCACCUUCCCCAGGGCCUCCUUCCCGGACGCCCUGCGGCCCUAUCUCCAGGUUUACCCGUAUUCCCCCCUGUUCCUGCCCAGCCUGGACGAGUGAGGAGAGCAGCAGCCGCCUGUGGCUGAACCAGGAGAGAAUGAGUGUGAGGGCCGAGGGCGGGAUUCGGGCCUGUGCUCUCCAUGCUGUUCCCCUGCCCCAGGGCAGUGCCGGGCUGGGAGUGGGUCCUGGAUACAUCUGCAGGGGGCGGGG